AUGUCCAGGAAUAAAGGCAAGAGGGAAAUAACAUAUGCACUGGCCGGUGCCCAUGAGAAUGCCGGCCAUUCUCUGGGUGUCAAUUCGCUGGUGUACUCAAGUUCCUCGAAGACUCUCUUUUCAGCGGGACGAGAUGGAGUUGUGGCUUCGUGGGGUCCUACCGAAGACCACUUCAACUCUCAAGAUAGGCAGUUGGAUGAGUACGAUACACAGUACAACACCUUUGAGGAUAUUGACAAUUUUGUGAAGCAGAAUUCCAACAACGAGAAUGAAAUACUGAGCCUGGAGUACAACAUCAGGAAGGGCUUAGACUCUCUGCCUGCGGAUUCUCAGUCGAAUUAUCAACUGAAGACUUCAAUGGCUAUCCAUACCAACUGGAUUAACGAUAUCAAGCUCCUGAAGGAUAAUGUAACUUUGGCAACGUGUUCGUCCGAUCUUAUGGUCAAGCUCUACAAUGCCAAGGCUCAAACCGUCCACACUCUGGGGCAUCACGAUGACUACGUGAAAAGUCUGGCUUUGGGUCAUAACUUGGUAUCUGGAGGACUCGAUAAGAAGGUAAACGUUUGGGAUAUUCAGAAAUCCUCGGUGGUCUCUUCGUAUCACCAUUCUGGUGAUCGUGGUUCGGUCUACGCUUUGGAUGCAAAGAACGAUAUCAUCAUCAGCGGAGGUCCGGACAACUUGGUGAAGCUUUUUGAUGCAAGAGACAUGAAGAGACCAGUGAGGUCUUUUGUGGGACAUCAUGACAAUGUGAGGUCGCUGGCGCUGAAAAACAACUAUUUCUUGUCGGGUUCGUCGGACUCUACUAUCAAGCUGUGGUGUCUUCGUACUAACAGAAUCCUGAGGAACUUUGACACUCACAAUUCCUCUGUGAUAUCGCUAUACGCAGACGGAGGCAACGAGGAGCGUUUUGACUCGUUCUAUUCCGGUGACACCAGUGGAUGUUUGCUGAAAACCGACCUGCUCAAUUGCAAUUAUGACAUGGCCGACGAGUUGGGCUCCAACGCUACGUUUUUCCACAACAAGAUGAAUGAGAACUUAGGAAUUACCACUUUGGUGUCGCAGAUGCCCAACUCUGAGUGUGGAGUGUUGUCCAUAGCGGUUGGUGACAAUCGCGUUUGGACUUCUUCUGCUGGAAAGUCGAAAUCUGUCCAGGGAAAAGACAAUUGUUUCAUCUCCAGUUGGAGUAUUCCAUUGACAAACAAGUUGGUGUUAUACCAGGGUAUCAAGUUCAGCAAGAACAUGGCACUACUUAAGAAGAAUGAGAACGAGAUUGAGAGUAUUGACGGCAAUGGAGACGAGUUGUUUGAUCUUGUGAGCCAACUUUCCCACGAUACCAAGGGCUAUGAUCAUCUCAAAAACAUCGAUGGAAUUCUGGUGGAAGAUUCGUCAUUUUUGACCUAUUUUCUGUCUUCGAGUGGAGGUGCUUCCUCCGAGUUUAUCUUGGAUGCUGCUUCGUCCCCUUCAAUCAGUGAUGACGACGACGAGACUAACCUAUUGUCCGUUAAAAAUCGAAAGAACAAACUUGAGAUUCUCUAUGAGACGUUUCCUCCAAAUUCGAUCAGACUCGUUCCUUUCAACGAGUACCCAAUCAACGAGAUCAUAGGGUACAAUGGUCUGAUCAAGGCUAGAUUACUAAACGAUAGAAGACAUGUCAUGACCAUGGAUUCGGCAGGAAAAAUCAGAUUAUGGGAUAUCAUACAGUGUAAAGCUUUGGAUACCACCUAUGAAUGCAGUUCAGAUGACGAGUUUGACAUCAUCAUCCAGCAGCAUCAGACCUUUGAGACGCUGCCCAUUUGGUGUAAGGUCCAGGUGAUGUCUGGAAAGCUGUUUAUCUCUUUAUCGGAAAGCGCUUUCAUCAACACGGAAAUAUACGCAGAUGAAGUAUUAAAAAAUUAUCCAGAUUGCCAUUACAAGCCAACGGAGGAAGAGGACGAAUCCUUGAGGUUCAACAUCGGAAAAGUGGUUCUCAAGUCUCUUCUCCACGACUUUGUCAAAUACGAGCUUGCUGAAGAUGCCAAGUUCCGUGAAACCAAAAAAGGCCUACCUCAGCCCAGAAAACCAAGAACCACCUCUGUUGCCAGUGAAGUCAGUCUGCCAAAGUCGGAUGCCGAGGAGAAGACGAAAAAGCGGAACUUCUUCAGUAGGCAGAAAUCAAAUGACAUCUCAACACCUACCCCUGCAAAUGUGACGAGCACUUCUUUGGCUUCUCAGUCAACCAAUGGAGCCCGCCGUGAUUCCGAGGAGAGUAUAACCGACACAAAGAGUCUGAUUACAUCUAUCCGGAACAGAUACGAGAGUUUCGAGAGCACUAGUCUAGUUUCCGCACCGGACUCAGAGGUUCCAUAUCUGAACUUGCCAGAGCAGCUAACCCUACUGAUCACCGAAAGCACAGGGAAUUCAAGAGUUGAGAUUUUUCAGACGGCUUUGGGACUCCGGAAAAAUGAUCCUUCUCUCUAUGGCAAGCUAGAAGACUUCUUGCCUGAUUGGGUGGGAAAUGCCAUUUUACUGAACAAAUACCCAACCCGUGAUCUCGUGAAAGUGGGAUUUGUACUUUUACCCGAUCCAGACGAUAAAGAUUUGCCCGAGGCCAAGGGAGCGGCCACAAGGCUAACUGCCUAUAACAUGCUGCGGGUGAAGAAAAUACUGGGCUUUAUCGUGGAAAGAUUCGACCCGGCUGUCAGCGAGGGCAAACGGCCGGAGGAAUGGCUCCAAAUCUCAUGUAAGGGUGAGUUACUCCCUCUGACUAUGACACUUUCGACGGUCAAGGCGAGAAUAUGGAAGAACAGUGGUGAUGUGGAGCUGGUGUACAGGAUCAAAAGGGAAAAAGAGGCAUGA